AGAUUAGCCACAUAAACAUAUGAGAAUCAAUGAUGAUCAUGGAGUAUCUAGCACUACUUAUAAUUUCUUUUGUGUCCAUAAGCAUUAUUAUCCAUCACAUUUUUUUCAAAUCCAAAUUAGGCAUCAGAGCACAUAAAUCAACCAAAUUCCCACCAGGACCUAAACCUUUACCAAUCAUAGGAAACAUCUUAGAACUUGGUACCCAACCUCACCAAGCACUUGCUAAGCUUUCUCAAACAUAUGGACCAAUAAUGACUCUUAAGCUUGGUACCAUAACCACCAUAGUUAUCUCAUCUCCUAUGUUAGCCAAACAAAUUCUCCAAAAAUAUGACCAAAUUUUUUCUUAUAGAACAAUUCCGGAUACCGUUAAAGCACUUGAUCACCAUAUGUAUUCAGUGGGAUGGUUGCCACCUUCAACUCAAUGGAGGAUCCUUAGACGAGUUUGUGCUACGAAAGUGUUCUCUCCACUAAAACUUGAUUCUACAGAAGUUCUUCGACAAAAGAAACUGCGAGAAUUAAUGGAUUUUGUGAAAGUAAAAAGUGAAAAAGGCGAAGUUUUGAAUUUCAGUGAGAUUUGUUUUACAACCGUACUUAAUUUUAUAUCUAACGCUUUCUUUUCUAUGGAUUUGGCUCAUUACGACUCUUCUAAGACUCAAGAAUUCAAGGAUAUAAUUUGGGGCAUUGGGGAAGAAUCAGGAAGGCCUAAUGUGGUGGAUUUCUUCCCAUUCCUUAGAUUCCUUGAUCCACAAGGUGCACGUGCAAGGAUGACCAAGUAUACUGAAAAGUUGAUAGCUUUCGUUGAUGGUCUUAUAGAAGAAAGAUUGAAUUUAAAGGCUCUAGAAAUGGAAACUACCAAUAAAAGAGGCAAAGAUGUGUUAGAUUCUGUUUUGGAAGUUAUGUUGGAAGACAAUUCUCAAGUGACUCGUCUCCAUGUUGUGCAUCUCUUUCUGAUUUUAUUUAUGGCUGGAGUAGACUCAACAUCAAUGACCAUAGAAUGGGCAAUGACAGAGUUAUUACGUAAUCCAGAAAAAUUGGAAAAACUUAGAAAAGAGCUUCAUUGUGUUCUUGGCAAAGAUGAACAAAAUCUUGAACAAAUUGAAGAAUCACAUAUCUCAAAGCUUCCUUUUCUAAGAGCAGUGGUUAAAGAAACUUUGCGCUUACAUCCACCUGCCCCAUUAUUAGCACCACACAAGGCACUCGAAGAUGUUGAGAUAGCUGGAUUCAUGAUUCCCAAGAAUGCACAAAUUUUGGUUAAUGUAUGGGCCAUGGGAAAAGAUUCAAGUAUUUGGGAACAUCAAAAUGAAUUCAUGCCCGAAAGAUUUUUAGAUAGUAAAAUUGAUAUUCAUGGACAUGAUUUUGAAUUAAUUCCAUUUGGUGCUGGAAGAAGGAUAUGCCCUGGAUUGCCAUUGGGUUAUAGAAGUGUGCAUAUUGCGUUGGCCACUCUUCUAAAUGGCUAUGAUUGGAAGCUAGCAAAUGGACAAAAAUCAAAAGAUUUGGAUAUGUCUGAGAAAUUUGGACUUACUUUGCAUAAGGCCCAACCUCUCCAAGCCAUUCCCAUAAAAUCACAACAAUAAUGAAGAAUUGAAGAUGAUGCUUAUUACAAAAGAGCAAUCUUACUCUUCUUAACAAAAAUAUUUAAAAGACAAUAAAAAUCAGUUUAAAUAUUCUUAUUUUAUGCACUUUAUAAUUAUUGUUGAAAUAAAUUAGUAAUUUUAGAUGUAA